CCUUUCCCCACAAGCUGAAAUUAUUGGCCCUCGACGAUCUCAUUGGGAACAUGUCUUGCUCCAUAGAAGACAUCCUGGAACACUAUGAAUUCGACCCUUCAAUCAUCCAACGUAUCUCUACACGCAAGUUCAAGCCUGCAUUGUCCAUUGAGCCACCAGACCCCGCGUGGCCAGCCCAAUUUGAGGAGAUACGGACUCGCAUCAAUGACGCCCUCGGCCCAGUCGCUCUGGCCGUGACCCACGUAGGCUCGACUUCAGUGCCGAACCUGCCGGCCAAGGCCGUCAUUGACGUCGAUGUCACCGUUUCAGAUCCCUCGGACGAAGACGCCUACGCGCCCGCGCUGGAGAAGGCGGGGUUCCAGUUCCUCGUCCGCGAGCCGGAGUGGCAUGAGCACCGCUUCUUCGCCAUGCACGAGCCGUACAACUGCAACUUACACGUUUUCAAGAAGGGGACCGCGGAGCUAGUGAGACAUGUGAUCAUGAAGGAGUGGCUUAUCGCCCAUGACGACGACAGGGAGUUGUAUGCAAGGACCAAGAUGGAGGCUGCGCAAGUUAGCAAUUCACUUGGGGAAACUGUCAUGGAGUACAACCUUAGGAAGGAGAAGGUCAUUCGUGAGAUUCUUGAGCGGGCAUUCAAGGCAAAAGGGUACCUAAAGUGAAGUCGGAGCAUCUGGGGAGCCAUGUUCAACGCUGAAAUGCGGCCAAUGAGAUCUCAACUGCCUCAAUCCAUGUCUAACCAAAUCGGACGUCUCACUUCUCCGCAAUUCCAGUCACUC